AUGACCAGCGAAUUCUUGCAUUUUUUAUCUUGUGUGAUUUGUAUAACAACUGUUUUUUAUCUUCUAGAAAAACCGGAAUGCCCAGUAUAUCCAACGGAACUAGUGUUUGCUUUGGAAAUAUCCCAGGACGUCACAUCCCAGUUAUUUGAAAGAAUGAGAGAGAUUGUAAUAUCAGUAGUGAAUGCCACCAAAAUUAGAGACAGCAACUGCCCAGUGGGAGCUAGAGUUGCUGUUGUGUCCUACAAUUCCAAUACUCGUUAUCUAAUCCGCUUCUCUGAGUUCUACAACAAGAAUCAGCUCCUCAACAAACUUAAUAAUGUGGCUUAUGAGAGAUCCUCAGGUGAACGGGAUAUUGCCGGAGCGAUGAGAUUCGUUGCCAAGAAUGUUUUCAAACGAACUCGCCAAGGUCCUAAUGUGAGAAAAGUAGCAGUGUUUUUUAGCAAUGGGCCAUCUGCAGAUGAAUUUUCUAUUAACACAGCAGUUCUGGAGUAUGUUGCAUUUGAUAUUGUUCCAGUAGUUCUCGCUUUUAAUGAUGUUCCCCUCCUCAGUCGUGCUUUUGCGAUGGAUGAUACUGGAUUCUUCCAGGUAAUAAAUAUUAAUCAAGAGAACAGCUAUGAGCCAUUGUUGGAAACAUUUCAGCGCUGCACUCUUUGUUAUGACAAAUGUAAACCAGAUGAGCUUUGUGAACGCCGCAGAUACCGAUCACCACCGGCAUAUGUGGAUGCUGCUUUCAUUUUGGAUAGCUCACAGAAAAUGAGUGGUGCCGAAUUUGAGAACGUGAAAAACUUCUUGAGCAGAGUACUUGAUAACUUUAACAUUUCCUCUGAGCCAGAGACUUCUUCCACAGGUGAUAGGGUGGCUGUGGUGAGCCAUGCUCCUCCAGGUUUCAAACCCCGCCCAGGGAGGAGCCCUGUAAAGAAAGAGUUUGACUUUGUUGCCUACAGCAGUAGACCGUUAAUGAAAAGACAUAUCCGACAAUCUGUUCAACAGUUGAAUGGAGCAGCUGCUCUUGGCCAUGCCAUACAGUGGACAAUUGAUAAUGUUUUCUUAACUGCACCCCACUCCAGACAACACAAGGCUAUCAUUGUUAUAUCUGCUGGAGAAACAAGUCAGUGGGAUAAAGAAAUAUUAAAGAAGGCAUCUCUGAGAGCCAAGUGCCAAGGAUAUGCUCUGUUUGUAAUUUCAUUAGGACAUGUAUAUAACGACAAAGAGUUGGAAGAGCUGGCUAGUAUUCCCCUGGAACAUCAUUUGGUUCAGCUGGGCAGAGUUCACAAGCCUGAACUUGAAUAUGUAGUGAGGUUUAUGAAACCGUUUGUGCAUCUCCUCAGGCGUGCAAUCAACAAAUAUCCACCAGUACAGCUCAGGAGAAGUUGUACCAGAGCUGCCUCUCAGAAACCAGAAUAUGCACGAAGGGGCCAAGAACAUGUUGCUAUCAUAGAUGACAGUUGGUCAGGAGGUGAUGCCAUAGCUGAUGCUGAAUACGCUGUUUCUGGGCAUGCAACACUAAUGUUCCAGGAUGACAAAAGUGAUGGUUCUCUAAACACCAACAGUUUUGCCAGCAGUACACAUCAGUCCAUGGUAACUACAGACAUAAUGGAGAAUGCUGCCAAAACAAACGGAAGGAAAGAUAACAUGGCUGGAACCAAAGCGUUUUAAACAAUGAAAUGGUUAAAUAUGGCACUGGGCUGAAGAAACUAACUGCUGCAUGGUUCUGACCUGUAAAAAUUCCCAUCUCUGCCUCCUACAAUGGUUUAUUGGUGGAAAUCAUGGAAGAAAUGUGGACAUGAUCUGUCAGAUACAGAAUCAUUUUAUUCCUUGAAAAAUGGACAAGAGUAUGUUAAACUUGAAUAUAUCUAUCCAUAUGCACGUAGGGUCUGCUCCUGUAUAGUACUGAAUGUGCUCAACUCCCAAUCACUUGAGUGGAAGGUGAGGGCACUUGAAAAUUAACAGGGUCAGGCCCUUGAGGAACUGUCUAGUCUCCAGGUCAGUUGUGCUUUGUUGGAGUUGGCUGGCAAGAAUUGAGGUAUGAACAUGUGUAACACUCUCCUCUUUCAAUGCAGUGCAAAUUCUUCUCAGUGAAACUUUAUUUUCCAUACUCCUUUUACAGGUGUAAGUUGCAUUUUGUAAAGAUAGGAAGGCGGCUUAUUAGUCACUGCUGUGCUUUUCCAGGUAGAGUAACUGUGCAAUUGGUGACUGAAUUACUUCCUUUAGACCAAGGGGCACUCUAAAAGAACAGUGUCUCUUUAACAUGGAGCAUCUAGUCUGCCUUAAAACAAAACAAAAAAAAACCAAGGUCAUAAGCAUAGGGCUUGUAAAAAAAUACUUCCCCAUGUAAGUUUUUUCCAUCAGAAAAUUUCAAUUCCAUGGAAUGUCUCUAUUCCAUCAUAAGUUUUGAUGGAAACCAAGCAGAGUGGCUGCUGAUGGUCCUUUUACAGGUGUUAAGUUGCUAAAUGAAAUUUAGUUUCAUAUGCCACAAUAUACCAAGUUUCAGACUGAUGUGAUGUCAAAUAGUCACCAAAAACAUUGCAACAUCCAGGUUUGUUGUACAUUUACAAAGCUUCAUUUCAGUGUUAGUACACAGACAUCUAAAAAUAGACAGCAUACAUAUACAGUAGCUCAUUGCAUUUUAACUGGGACGUUAAGUACUUUAAGCAGGUAGUGAGCCCAUCAAACUAUCCUUCCCAUAUUACUGAAGCGUUGCUAGUUACUCUUGGAGUAAACUCUUGAACCUAGAAUUAUGUUGUGCCAAUUGUGGAAGAGAAGAGAUAUUGGUUAAAUGUAUUUUUUUCUGUGUAUCUUAUUCCAAAAAGGAAAAUUUUAAAAUUUAAACAAAACUACUCAAAUCCCUGGGGAUAUACGCUACUGGCUUUAGUGGGAUCAGGCUUUGAAUAUCCGUGCACUCCAAGGAAUAAAAGUCCCAUUUCUCAAACUCUUAUGACCAGGCAUAGGUGACUCUUCACAGUAAUAAGCAUGCCUGAUAGUCAUUGUUCAAAGCUACAGAUCCCAAAUUCUUUGCAAUUUAGACCAGUUUUUGGUCCAGAGAUUAGCAUAAAUAUUUUACAUUCUUCUGACUUAAGACUACACCUGAGAAUUACCUUUUUUAGGAAAAAGAGGUACUGCUGAGUGAGUGAGUGUGCAAAAAACAGUACUUUGACAUUAGGAAUUGAAGAGAGAUUUGCUGAAACUGUCACUGUUGUCUGGCAACACAAAUCUGUUAGUGGUGAGCCAAAAUUCAGAUCCUCAUGUCCCUCCAACUAGCACAGCUGAAGUCAACAAGACUUCUCAUAAGAGUAUGAAACACAUAAUUUGGGGCUACAGUACAAAAUACUAUGCAUUAUUUCUAAGAGUCACAUGCACAUAUUGCAUUGUAUACAGAGUUCAGAUCUGGUUAGUGGUUUCACCCUUCUAGUUUUAAAGUUGCCAUGCUUGCCUCGGGUUUUUUUUGUUUGUUUUUUCAAAAAAUAUAUCCGUUACCUCUAAUUGGUGAAAGACAUUUAAAAACUGUAU